AUGGAGAUUCUUUCCGAUUCUGUGAUUCCGAUGGGUGGCCGUGGAAGGAAGAAACGCGGAGGAGCACGAGGAGGAGCAGCCGUAACCAGUCGAGCAUCGACUCCCUUACCCAGUCGGUAUGAGUUCAUACCGGCGACAUCUCCACCACCGCUAGGCCCGACCAACGGCCCUACACAUGUAAGAGAUUAUCCACCGCCGAUGGAGCUCUUCCAGAACUCGCAACAAGGAGCACCUGAGUCUCAACCACCGCCUCAACCUAGAAGGUCAGAACAUUCUCAAACUCGAUUCUCUCCAUCUCCUCAACACCGGUUGCAAGAGCAAUCUCAUCGGCAGCAUUCUGCAUCACCUCAAUCGCAGCACCAAGGAGCUUCUGGAGCUUCUUCUUUCUCUCAAAACCGAGCCUCUCCAUUAUUUCAAGAAGGAGGUAAUUCUCCACACUCUCAACAAGCUCAUUCUGACGGUGAAGAAGCUGCAUUUCAAGAACCUUCAGAUGAAGAAUACGGUGAUGUCAACCUCUCUGAAGACCAGCUAAGUAUUCUAAAUGCAUUGCUCACGAAGCCUGGGAGAGAGGCUUACACUACGGUACUAUCUCCCAUAGAGAAACCGGGUACAACAUGGUUUGGUCGUGACAAGUCCUCUCUUACCCGGAAAAUUACCAAGGUAUUCACCAACAAGUUUGAUGGCCCUUUCUACAGCUGGAGUCGUGUGCCUCGUGAUAGACAAGAGCGUUACUUCAUAGAAUUCGCGAAAACCCACACCUGGGAUCCCUUGAUCACUGGUGUGGUUCAAGAAAAAUUUGAAAGCAUUUGCAAAAGCCGGAUGAAGGAUAUGGUCAGCACCGUAAGGACAUCAAGAGUGCAACCUAACUGGAUCGGGGAUACACUCUGGGAACAAAUGACUGCCUAUUGGGACACAGAAAAAUCUAAAGAUAAGAGUUCAACAACUUCAGCUGCUCGGUUGUCUGAACGUGGUGGUCUUGGACCUCACGUUCACUUCUCAGGACAGAAAUCCUAUCUGCAAAUCCAGCAAGAAAUGGAAGAGGAAUUAGGUAGACCGGUGAGUCUUGGUGAGGUAUUCAUCAGGACUCACACAAAAAAGGAUGGGAGUUAUGUAGAUGGAAAGGCAAAGAGAGUGGCUGAGACUUACCAGAAAAACUUGGAAGCCAAGUUGUCUGCCCUAAACCCUGAAAGCUCAGACAAUCCUGAGGGUACAUCACCUCGUCGAGAGCUAACUGUGGAAGAGCAGAACGACUUGUUUCUACAGUCGACUAUUAUGAGUGAAAGAGGUGUACCUUAUGGAGUUGGUAGCCUCUCUCACUUGUACGUCAAUGGCAAGAGGAAGUACCCAGGAAGCUCUGCAUCCUACGGCACUCUGCAGGAACAGCUUCAACAAGCUCAACACCAAAUAGAGCUCCAAGCGGCUGAGAAUGCAAGGCGUGAAGCAGAGUUUGCCAAAGCUUCAGCUGCACAAGAAGCCAAGAUCGAGAAGCUCACCAUGGUUGAAAGGUACUUGACUCAAACUGAUCCACGGUUCAAUGGUUUUUUGGCUAGUCAAACUCCUCCAUCGACCAUUCAUGCUGCGAAGUCUACCACUCAACAACCUGAUGAUCCGCCGGCUGAUCCGACAACACAUGUAACUCAAACAUCAAGUACCACCUUAGAUGUGUAG